AUGGACGAGUACAGCUGGACACGGCUAAGCAAUCACAAUGAGCACAGUGUCGAGAACGGUGGAGGCAGCCAGGUGCUGUCGGAGUGUGAAGACUUCAAACAGGAGCAGUCUCGGAUCAGCCGGCUGGAGAGACAGGCCCAAGACUUCCUCAAUGCUGUGUUCCACAGAAAAGACCUCCCAAGUUUCUCAGACCCUCACAUUCCUCUAGUGGCUCGUGAGAUCAUGCAGCGAAUGAUCCGCCAGUUCGCUGCGGAAUAUACCUCAAAAACUACUCAGGACGACCCGCCCCUGCCCAACGGCACCAUGAAGGACCAAAGCCUGCCGAGAGCGGCGUCUCUGGCCCCGGCCCCUUGCUCCCCACCCGGGCCCCCGCCAAGCUCCCCUCCAUCAUCUGCCUCCUCCUCCCCAUCCCCGAGCUCGGGACCGGGCCUCAGCCCCACCUCUGCUGCCUCGGCCGCUGCUGCUGCCUCAGCACACGCCUGCACCCAAAGCAGCAACGGUACGGGAUCCAGUAACGGUGGAGGAGGAACGACCGCUGCCUCUACACAGAAUCCCGUCCUCAGCAAGCUUCUCAUGGCCGACCAGGAUGGACCGCUGGACCUCACCGUUAAAAAGGAACAGGCUGACCCAGAGCCGACCCAGCAGGAUGGCGUCCUGGACCUCUCUACCAAGAAGAACCACAGCGCAGGCAGCCUCAAAGCCUUCCCCGGCCUCUCCUCUACGCCCGGGGUCAAAGGACGUUCCCUCAAAGUGGAACAAGCCCUGCCAGAGGUGGAUGAGGACGACGGCCUGCUGCAGAGAAGCUUGCAGGACGGACUGAGAGAGAACUACAUCACCUCAAGCUCUUUCAAGCCACCGAUGGCCCGCUCGCUUCGCAUCAAGGAAGAGCUCCUCAGCCAGAAGCACCGCCUCCUGAGUCAGCCUGCUGCUCUUUCAUUGGCUAAUCUGGAGUCAGCCGGCUUGCUCAAUCACGUGCAGUCCCACUCCUUGCUCGGCCAGAAGGGCUCUUCCUCUUUCUGGGGGAGCAAGGCCCACCUCGACAGCCUGAUGAAAUUUAAGCAGGCCAGCGGAGCUCUGAGUGGGGCCCUCAGCGAGCUCAAAGACCUGCCUACGUUCCUGGAGAAUCACAACCACCACGGAGCCUUCUCCUUCAAGAGUUCCCUCCAUCAUCACCACCACAAUCAGGUCUCCAAGGCCCAACACCACCACCACGACGGCAAGAGAGACCAGGGCCAUUCACCUCCUGUUGACCUAAAGAUACCCCAGGUUCGGGGCAUGGAUCUCUCCUGGGACUCUCAUGCCUCUGAACUAUAUGGCUACGGCGCCAUGGGGGUCGGAGGUGGUGGCCAUGGGGAGAACAGCUUGAGCCGGAAGCUGAGAGCCAUCCUACCCAAGCAGAACCGCCGGGGAGGAAGCCUCGGGAGCCUGUUGGACGGAGCGGCCGACUACUGGAGCGCCGACUUGGACCACUCCAGUUCUGGGCCGGCGUACUCCACCUCUGAUGCGGAAGGGGACCCGAACUCCAAGCAGCCUAGGAAGAAGAGGGGCCGUUACCGUCAGUACAACACCGAGAUCCUGGAGGAGGCCAUUACGGUCGUGAUGAACGGGAAGAUGAGCGUGUCCAAGGCCCAGAACAUGUACGGGAUCCCGCACAGCACCCUGGAGUACAAGGUAAAGGAGCGCUUGGGAACCCUGAAGAACCCCCCAAAGAAGAAGAUCAAGCUGAUGAUGAAGAUGGAAGCAGGAGGCCCGGAUUUUCCCGCGGAGUCAGAGAACACACCCACCGCAACCUCACGAGACGACGGCCCGCCGCUAGCAGCCGCCGAGCUCAAGGACGAUGUAAAAGAAGAGAUUGAUGAUGACAAUUUCAAACCAAUCGACUAAACGACUAACACAUGUAAACCU